AUGGAAAAGAUUAAUGAUUUGAUUAAUCUUUCGUUAUUAGAACAAAAUGUAACACAACGGAAUGAAUUUAAAAUGGUCAGAAUGAUUAAUUUUAUAAAAGAAGUAAAACAAAACCCACCAGAUACUUAUUUAGAUUUUUUAACAUUAAAAGUUAAUCUUUAUAAUGCGGUGAUUUGUUUAUUUAUCUCAAUUAUAUUACUAAUAUUAACUCCAUUGUCAUAUAAAAGAAUAAGAAUUAUUCCAUCAAUAUUCUUAAUGUCUUUAGUUUAUCUUUCACUUGUUCCAGUAUAUGCAUUUGAAAUGCCUUCAGAAUUAGUUGAUUUGUGUAAAGUAGUUACAGUAAUUUUAGGAGGAUUUACAAUAAUAACAUUUAUUUUUCUUAAUACCAAAUUAAAUUGUUUUGGAUAUUUAGGAUGUUUAAUAGGAAAUAAUAUAUUCCAAAUUAUUUAUUCUUUUGUAGAUUCUGAUAUAAUUCUACUUCUUCCCAUUAUUUCAAUAUCAUUAUAUUUCUUAAUUACAUUACAAAAUAAAUUCUAUAAAAUUAUUUCAUUAGUUAUACUUCUCAAUCAAUUGUUUUUAGUUUGUAUUUUAUCUUUCAUUAUUACUUAG